UGUAUACAUGUAUUAGCCAUCAGCUGAUUAGGAUUUCCAGAAUAGUUCUGCGCAUGCGCAUUACUAAACCCCGCCCAAACCCGCUAAGAGGUGGGGUUGUUCGAUCAGCAAUUCCACAGAUUCAGAUUCAACAAUGUCAGUGAGAGAAGUCAAAGUUUGCCUCUUAGGAGACGUUGGUGUUGGUAAAACCAGUCUCGUGGGACGCUUCGUUCAUGAUACUUUUAGUCAGAACAUAACGACCACUCUAGGAGCUUCUUUUAUGUCGAAAAGUCUAACAGUUGACAACAGCACAAUCAAGUUUCAAAUAUGGGAUACAGCUGGACAGGAGAGAUAUCGGUCGCUAUUACCAAUGUAUUACAGAAAUGCAGCAGCAGCCAUUGUUGUGUAUGAUAUAACAAAUGAAGGAUCAUUCACAGUGUUACAGGAUUGGAUAGCAGAACUACACAGACUAGGUCCACCUAAUAUUGUAUUAGCAAUUGCUGGAAAUAAAUGUGACCUUGAAGAUAAAAGAGAAGUAUGACCAGUAUAAUUGUAUAUGUACAU